CUAGCAUCAUCGUGGGUUUUGACGCUCUUGCUGUCAGUUUAUCACGUGUACAUCCUCCCCGGACUCUUUACUGUAGUCCCGAAGUGUCUUGGCCUCGGUACACACACGGCGCUCGUUGGAUGUGAGAGUGAAAUAGUAAAGAGAGCACGCGGGAGUUUCAACCUGCCGCCGCCAUGGGUCUCGGGAUCGUGGACAUUUUGUUGCUGACGCUAUCUGUGAUGGUGAGCGCGGUCAUCGGACUCUACCAGGGCUAUGUGGGGCGCCGCGCCACGCCCGAAUGCUACCUCAUGGGCUCGAGGAAGAUGAAGCCCUUGCCGCUGGCCAUGAGCAUGAUGGUGGGCACAGUGUCGGCCAUCACCAUCAUGGGCAACGCGGGCGAGAUGUACGCGUACGGCACGCAGCUGUGGAUCAUGGACCUGGGCAUCAUUCUGGCUCUGGUCAUCAUCGCCAAGGUCAUGAUCCCCAUCAUCCACCCCAUGGAGGUCGUCUCGCUGUACGAGUACAUUGAGAAGCGGUUCAACGCGAAGUGGCUGCGGCAGGCCACCGUGGUGUUGCAGCUGGUGGGCGGCUACUUCUUCAUGGGCUUCCUGCUGUACCCGCCCUCCAUCGCCUUACAAGCCUUCACGGGUCUCAGCAUCCUCCUCAACAUCUUCAUUAUGGGCGCCACCUGCACUUUCUACUCCACCAUCGGAGGCGUGAAAGCAGUGGUAUACACAGACGUGUUCCAGGCUGUAGUAAUGGUUGUUGGUGUUUUUUCUAUUGUUGUCAUGGGCUCUGUUAACGUUGGCGGCCUCGACGUGGUGUGGGCCAUCGCUUACCAACAUAAUAGGACGGAGCUCUUCAACAUGGACCUCGACCCUUACCAACGCCACAGCUUUUGGCUCUGUAUCGUUCUGGGUUUUUUCUUCACCCUCGGCACCUACGGCGUCAACCAGAGUCAAACACAGCGCUUCUUCAGCACCAAGUCUGUCCAAGACGCACAGAAGGUCAUUUACUUCGCUGCGGUCGGGAUGAUCUUUCUGCGGGCGUUGAUCCAUCUUGCGGGCCUGGCCAUCUACGCCCACUUCUACAAGUGCGAUCCCCUGGCGGCUCCUGGGGUUGGGGAACCUGCUUACGUGGUCAUCAUCUACGUGCUGACGGUGCUAACGAGAGUCCCUGGUCUCGCCGGCAUCUUCGUAGCGGCUAUUUAUGCUGCUGUUCUUAGCUCAGUGUCGACUCAACUGAAUUCCAUGACGGCGCUGCUGUGGGCCGAUUUCCUUAAGCCUCACCCCUUCUUCGCCUCCUUCAGUGACGUCAAGGCAGGAGCUCUGCAGAAGAUCAUAGUGCUCCUCUCUGGCAUCGUGGCUAUCGUCCUCGGUCUGGUGGUCUCAACGCUGGGCAGGUCCUUCCUGAGAGCGCUCUUCGCGAUCACAGGCGCUCUCUCCGGUCCUCUCAUCGGCCUGUUCAUCGUCGGUCUCUUCUUCCCUUGGGUCAAUCUGAAGGGAGCUUCGGCUGGAUUCUUUAUCUCGAUCAUAUUAAGUGUGUGGUUAGCCAUCGGCCAACUGCUAAGCCAAACGCAGGAGCCCUUUUUGGCUAUGUCUCAGGAAGGCUGCGCAAGCAACAGCACCAAUACCACAGCUGCCAAUGUUACGACACUGGCUGUUACUACAUCCACCUCAGUCGCCUCUGUCACGGAUGUCACCACGGAGGCUUCUUUGCCGAUUGAAGAAGAGAACGCCCGAGGGAUCUACGGCCUUUCCUACUGCUUAAAUUCUUUCCUGGGAUCGGUCAUCUGCAUCGUGGUGGCCGCUGUCGUGACCGCUGCCACGGGUACCAAUUCCUUAGACGACGUUGAUCCACGCCUCGUCAACGGAACAGCGUGGCGAGUCUUCGAAAAACUGGCCAUCCUGCGAGGUCGUGAGUCACCCCUGAAGAAAGUCCUUCAGAGGUCCGGGUCUACUAGUAAAGAAAACGGGAGAAGAGACAACAAAGUGAGAGAGAUGAUUGAAAAGGAACCUCUUCCUACGCAGAGGGACUCGAAGAACAACGAAGAUGAUGGCAGUGUGUGAAGAAUAAGAGCGUAAAGAAGCGAAUGAAGAAUAAUAAAGAGAGAGAAAAAUGAGAGAAUAUAAUGUGCAGGUCAUGAAAAAAACGAGAGUUCGAAUAACAAGAAAAAGAAGCGUACGGAGAAAAAGGAAAAAAGAGUGUGAAGGAGAAAAAAGAGAAAAAAAGAAAAAGAGAGAAAGAAGUUACACGAAGAAAAAUAAAAAAUAAUCGAGUAAAUGAAGAAAAAGAAGAUGAUGAAAAAAAGGUGUGUAAAAUAUAAGAAGAAAGAAGCCCUUUGAUGAACAAGAUGGAUCAAGUUUUGAAGAAAAAUAGAGUAUCAACAGAAAACAAAACAAACAAACAAGGUGUUCAUGGAAUAAGAACAAUGUAAUAUAGAGUAAAUAUAAGAACUACGAAGCCUGUAAGAGAGAAAAUAAAUAUAGAAAUAGCAAGAUAGAAUUAAAAAAAAAAAAAAAAAUGGAAGAUAAAGAAAAAACUUAAAUUUGAAACGUAAAUGCACGUAAACAGAACAAAACAAAAACAAAUAAAAAUAAAUAAAUAUAUAAAAACAACAAUAAAACAACAAAAUAACUACAUACACACAUAAAAAAAAAUGAGUUCACAGACAAAUUAAAAACAGGGAAUAAUGAACAAGAAAUAAUCUCUGCGAAGCGUGGAGACAAAAUAAAAGAUAACAAUGUCACGUCCCUGCCUCCUUCACCUCAAGACUACGUGCGUGAUGGAUAUGCACAGACCUAGAAGACGCCGCCUCAUUAGAGUGGGAGAUUCUUCGUUAUUCUUGUAACAAAUAAAAAUAAAUAAAAAAUCUUAAAAUGUCUAAAUGAA